AUGGCGGCCUCAGUACUUGGAAAGCGCUCUCGAAGACUUAUAGACGAGGAAGAUAUCUCAUCUCUUUCUCCUGUCCCCAAGAGACGGACGCGCCGUUCUGCACCCCAGAUAUAUGAAGACACCGAUGGAAAGAAACACUUGGGGGAGCAGCCUUCCCCAAGCAAGCACCAAAGUCCUGUUCAGACUCGCUCUGUCAGACAUCGUAUUGAAAAACCAAAACGUAUCGAACCAGACAGCCUGGUAGACAGCAAAACAACCGCAAUCGAGAUCCAAGAUGAAAACACUACACCUGCAGCUCUCUCAACACCAACAACGACCACACGCUUCAAAAAUGCACUUGCAACGCCUCCAUGCACACCAAAGCACCGCGUACGACUUGGAGCUCGGUUCCUCACGCCACGAUCAGCACGUACUUCGACGCAUUCGAGACAAAAUGUUUACUCGCAGGCGAGACAACUUUUCACCCAAGCAUCGAAUGGAAAAGUCAUUGGCCGUGAACCAGAACGAAAACGGCUAACAGAGUUCAUAACCAAGGCCCUCGAGACUAAGAAGGGUGGCUGCACUUAUGUUAGCGGACCUCCAGGGACCGGCAAGAGUGCCUUGAUCCAGGAGAUCAUGCAAGAUUUCCAGGAGAAAAAUGUUAAGCUCGCAACCAUCAACUGUGUCGCUUUCAAGUCUUCCAACGAGGUUCUCACAAGUUUUGCUCAAGAAUUUGGCUGUGGCGGUGGCAAUCAAAAGGCAACCAAGGCCAGCCUCUCGAGGCUGUUCACCGCGCAAAAGGGAAGUUCCGACAUGCAUCUGGUAUUACUGGACGAAGUCGACACCCUUCUGAGUGGCGAAUGCGAAGUGCUGUAUAAUAUCUUCGAGUGGGCGAUGCAUCCAACUUCCUCCCUCAUUCUAAUAGGCAUCGCUAAUGCCCUGGAUUUGACUGAUCGAUUUCUCCCUCGGCUGAAGGUGAAGAACCUCAAACCAGAACUUCUUCCAUUUCUUCCAUACGAUGCGCAGCAAAUCUCGAAGAUCCUCUCCGAGAAGCUGCGAACACUACUACCUGCUGACAGCACAGCACCUCCCGAUUUCAUUCCUUUGAUCCACCCGGCAGCAGUGCAGCUCAGCAGCAAAAGGAUUGCAUCUCAAACUGGAGAUCUCAGGAAAGCAUUCAGUCUGAUUCGCCGGGUAAUCGAUAAGAUUGAGCAGGAAACGCUCGCCAAAUUGAGUUCAAGCCAGACAACUCCAACGAAACAGCCUCUUGUGGAGGUGGGAAAUCUGCAGAAAACGAUUGAGAGCCGCUCUGUCCUGUCGCAACUGACCAUAGAAACGGCACCUCGAGCCAGCCCAGCCCACGUUGCAGCAGUUGCUUCCAGCAUUUUCAACAAUACCACCGUGUCCCGACUGAGUGGACUGAAUCUCCAGCAAAGAGCGGUACUGUGUUCUCUAGUAGCGUCCGAAAGUCGACAGAGACAUUGUGAUCCAUACACAACACCUUCAAAGUCACAAUCGCGAAUCCCAACCAUCAAAGCACUUUUUGAGAGAUACACAGCGUUAUGUAAACGAGAUGGAACAUUGGUGCCGUUGAAGGUGACAGAGUUCCGAGACGUUGUCGCCAGUCUUGAGACACUUGGUCUGGUACAUGAAUCGUCGGGUCGAACGUCGAGCCUCCUGACACCAACAAAGACACCUUCAAGGAGCGGGAGAGCGUUGGACGACAAACAAGUACUAAGCGCAGUUUCUGAGAAAGAGAUGAGAGAUAGCCUGAGUGGACCAGGCGCCGAUCUGCUGUUGAAGUUAUUUGAGGAGUAUUAG